AUGGGUGAACAAGCCACCAAGAUUGGCCAUGGCCUGGCCAAGGGCCUUGGUAUCAAGGUCGCCUACAGAGACCCCAUGGGCCCUUCUAAUGAACCUGUCACCAGAGGCGAGUCGACCUUCUCCGUUGGCACCGUCGAUACCUGUGCCUACAAUGAACCGGAGCCCAACAGUAUCGAUUGGCUUUGCGAGAUUGCCCCGUCUGGCCAGCAGAUCAUCAGCUACUUCGUCAACCUGUUCCCCUUCUUAAAUUGGAUUACUCGGUACAAUAUGCAAUGGCUCAUUGGUGACUUGGUAGCUGGCAUUACUGUUGGUGCUGUUGUCGUGCCCCAGGGUAUGGCGUACGCUAAACUGGCUGAAGUGCCUGUGCAAUAUGGACUGUACUCUUCGUUCAUGGGUGUCUUGGUUUAUUGGUUCUUUGCAACUUCCAAGGAUAUUACUAUUGGUCCUGUAGCCGUCAUGUCUACCUUGACUGGUACCAUCGUGCUUCAGGUCCAGGCCACAUACCCCGAUUAUCCCGCUCAUAUGAUUGCUUCCACUCUUGCUGUGAUUUUGGGUGGUAUCGUUUGCUUCUUGGGUUUGAUCCGUCUGGGUUUCAUUGUGGAUUUCAUUCCACUCCCAGCUAUCUCUGCGUUCAUGACGGGCUCUGCCAUUAGCAUUGCCUCCGGACAGGUUAAGACCAUGCUCGGAGAGAGCGCCGACUUCUCCACUCGUGACGCGACCUAUCUGGUUAUUAUUAACAGUCUGAAACACCUCCCCAGUGCGGACAUUAACGCCGCUAUGGGUGUCACUGCAUGUGCCAUGUUGUACAUCAUCCGCUCUGGCUGCACUUACGCGGCUAAGAAAUACCCGGCCAAGGCGAAGAUCUGGUUUUUCGUCUCGACUCUCCGUACCGUGUUUGUCAUUCUGUUCUACACCAUGAUUUCCGCAGCCGUGAACUUGCACCGCAAGGAUAACCCUCUGUUCGACAUGCUCGGCUCCGUGCCUCGAGGCUUCCAGGGCGCAGCUGUACCGAAGAUGGACCGCAAGAUUAUCAGCGCCUUCGCCAACCAGCUCCCAGCUGCCGUGAUCGUUCUCUUGAUUGAACACAUCGCCAUCUCCAAGUCCUUUGGUCGUGUCAACAACUACACCAUCAACCCUUCGCAGGAGUUCAUCGGAAUUGGUGUUACCAACUUGCUCGGUCCAUUCCUGGGCGGCUACCCAUCCACGGGAUCUUUCUCACGAACUGCUAUCAAGUCCAAGGCCGGUGUCCGGACCCCGUUGGCUGGUUUGAUUACCGCCCUCGUUGUGCUCCUGGCUAUCUACGCCCUGACUGAGGUCUUCUACUACAUCCCUGAGGCCUCCUUGUCCGGUGUCAUUAUCCACGCCGUGGGCGAUCUGAUUACGUCGCCCAACACUGUCUACCAGUUCUGGCGUGUUUCUCCGCUUGAUGUUCUGAUCUUCUUCAUUGGUGUUGUUGUCACUGUUUUCUCUUCCAUUGAGGAUGGUAUCUACUGUACCAUAUGUGUGUCCCUUGCUGUGCUGCUGUUCCGUGCCGCCAAGGCCCGCGGUCAAUUCCUCGGCCGGGUUACGAUCCACUCUGUGGUUGGAGAUCAUCUGUUGGACAACGAUGGCAAAUACGGCUCCCUCGGAACAAACCAGCACCCUCCUGAUCACGACGAGCACCACCACCGCUCGAUCUUCCUUCCCGUCAACCAUGCCGAUGGUUCCAACCCGGAUAUCGAGCUUGAGCAGCCUUACCCCGGUAUCUUCAUCUACCGCUUCUCCGAAGGCUUCAACUACCCCAACGCCAACCACUACACCGACGCCCUGGUGCAAACCAUCUUCAACAGCACUCGCCGCACAAACCCACAUGCCUAUGCUCGUCGUGGCGACCGUCCCUGGAAUGACCCGGGUCCACGCCCUGGUCGGGCAGUCGAGGAGACUGAAGACACCCGCCCGCUCCUGCAAGCCGUUAUUCUGGACUUCUCCUCUGUCAACAACGUGGACACCACCUCAGUCCAGAACCUGAUUGACGUGCGCAACCAGCUGGAUCUGUACGCCUCCCCACGCAGCGUGCAGUGGCACUUCGCCCACAUCAACAACCGCUGGACCAAGCGAGCCCUCGCCGCUGCCGGCUUCGGUUUCCCCACCCCAACCUCUAGCGACGGUUUCCACCGCUGGAAACCCAUCUUCAGUGUCGCCGAGAUCGAGGGCAGUGCCUCCGCCGCCGCUCACGCUGAGAUGAUCAACAACCAGCGCGAACAGGCCCUUCACAAGCAUGACGUCGAAGCCAACUUCCACAAGCACGGCUCGACUACCGAGCGCGAGACAGAGACUAUCGAGUCCACCUCUUCCCAGGACAGUAGUAUCAUCGCCGAGGACAAGCAGCUGCAGCACGACCUGAAGGAUAGCAAGGCCUACCGCGGUCGACGCAAGGUCGCUUUGGUCCAGGGUAUGAACAGACCCUUCUUCCACAUCGACUUGACCAGCGCCCUGCAAAGUGCCGUUGCGAACUCGUCGGACGUGAUCCCGGAGAUCCACUAA